GUUUAUUUUAAAAUAUCAUAAACAAUAAUAUCAUAUAUUUAAAAAUGUGUGACAAAAAUACCAAUGUCAAUUAUAUAGUGCGUGAAAUGAAAUUAUCCGAUUGCAGGGAAGUGCAAGAAAUCUGGGAGUCCGUCGGCUUUCCGACACAUAAACACCAACCGGAAGUUGUUAUGAAUAUCGACCCCAACGCCCAGUAUGUGGCCCAGGAUAUAGACACCGGAAAACUGUUGGGAUACCUGUGUGGUGUCAAUGUGGCUGAGGAUUUAGCCAACCUUGGUUCCUACUGUGUGCGACCAGAAUACCAGGGUAAGGGUAUUGGUAAAGCAUUGUGGGCUAAGAUUAUUGAACACUUGGGCGACAGAAAUCUCGGACUUGUAUCGUCUGAACAAAAUACAUUUGAGUUUUACAGAGAUGUUCAUAAUUUCAGGUAUAUUUCCGACAGAAGUCUCAUUGUAAUGGCCGGUCCACUGACCCCUAACCCACAACUUAUUGAUAAUAUCGAUGGCAUCUCUUUGGUGACCAUCGAUGGAAACAAUGUUCGCGAUGUCAUUGAAUACGACUUUGUGCAAUCGCCAAAUCUGGCGUCACAUGAGUAA